AUGAACGCUAUAUACAACCAUGCAGUGAAGCAGAAGACUCAACUCCAAAGGGACCUAAUCACUUUUGAAAACGAGAACUUGACCGCCCCUAUCUCGUUACAAGGUGCCAUCUCAGCAACAUUAGUAUCUUUUGAGAAAUCCAUUACGCAAUUGGACCAAUUUUUAAAGACUCAUGCCAAUGGUAAUGGGGAAGACGACGUCAAAGUGGAAAAAUUUAAUAAUAAAUUGGCUACAUUGAGGGCAGAUCUACAUGAUUUUACAACAAAAUUUAAGGAAUUAAAGGCGAAUUAUAAUCAAUCAAAUGCAAGAACUCAGUUGUUUAGCUCACAAUCAACGGCAAAUCCAUUCGUGGAGGAUUCUACCAUGAAUAAGAGAAUAAUACAUAACGACAACGAUAUUAAUGAUCGUUCGUUUUCCAAUAGAUCCCAACAACAGAGUGCGUUGCCACUGUAUAAUGGACUUCAAAAGGAACAGUCUAUUUUUGAAAGAGGGAAUGCUCAACUAGAUAUGAUUUUGGAGAUGGGGUAUCAAUCAUUUGAUGAUAUAGUUCAUCAAAAUAAAAUUCUGGAUUCUGUUCAAGAUAGAAUGUCUAAUAGUUUAAGGACAUUGGGUGUGUCAGAUGAAACUAUUCAUAAUAUAAACAAGAGAGUAUUCACGGAUAAAGUCAUAUUUUAUACUUUAUUAUUCUUAUUAUUCUUAUCCAUGUAUCUGUUACUUAAGUAUCUUAGAUAA